AACAUUAUUUGGUCACACCAUCCUCUUAGAUUAUUGAGAAUUCAUGACCAAAGGUAUUAAGCACUGCAUUUAUAUUAUAUAUGUUCAAUUACUUUUAAGGUAUGCUUAUUAAUCAGACAUAUGACCCAAUAUGAGACUUAUGCAUAAAGCAACACCAUAUUAUUGGCUGUUCAAAUCAAGUAUAAACACUCUGGCAAUGUCACAUAGAUCAAGCUGUCCUCAAAUGUUUAAAUCUAGGAGCAUAUCAAUAUCAUCAUCAUCAUCAUCAAUAAUCAUGGUAUGGAUUUAGAAAUUUGAGUAUGGGCAAAGAAAUGGGAAAUAACAACACUUCUGCUAUCAAAGAGGAAGAUAAUAUAAGUGAAGCUGAUAAAAAGAAUCUCAUAGAAGAUAUUAGUGAAAAUGCAAAUAAGAUAUCACAAGAAGAAAAUCAGAAUAUACCAAAAUUUUUGUCCAAAGACGAUGUUAUGGAAAAAGCUUCAAACACUUCUAGUGAUAUAAAAAUUGAACUUGGAAAAGAUGUACAUCAAGAAGAUGAUCAUGCAAAUGAUGAUGUAAAAGAGAAAAUUGAACCUAUUUCAAUAGCUGAAGCCAAUGAUGGUUAUGAGAAAGCUACGCGGUUUGAUUCUAGCAACACAUCAAGAAUGCUUGAAAGUGAUUAUUCAUUGGACGUAGAUGCUCAUGCAAGUGAUACAAAUAUGGAAAACCAAAUCGAUCCAACAGCUGAAAAGGAUGAUGCAAUAACUGAACUUGCAAAUGUUUCGCUACAAGAAGAAAGUCACGGUGAUGAUGUGAAAGAGAAAUCUCAAAUGAUUCUAACAGAUGAGGCCAAAGAUGUUGAAGAAAAAGAUACAAAACUCGUAUCACACAAUAUAGAAAGCAAGCUUGAAAUUGAUUCAUUGGAAGGAUAUACUCAUGAUCAUGAAAGUGACAUAAAUAUGGAGAAUCAAAUGCAUCCAAAAGCUGAAGAGGAAGAUGUUCAAGAGAAAGGUUCAGGACUGAAUAUUGAAGAUGCAACUAUGGAACUUGAAAAAGUUUUGCUGCAAGAAGAAAGUUGCGGUGAUGAUGCAAAAGAGAGAAGUCCAAUGAUUCCAACGGAUAAGGCCAAAGACGUUGAAGAGAAAGCUACAAAACUCAUCUCAAACUAUAUAGAAAGCAAGCCUGAAAUUGAUUCAUUUGAAGGAGAUGCUAAUAAAAGUGACAUAUAUAUGGAGAAUCAAAUGCAUCCAACUGAUGAAGCUGAAUAUGCUGAGGAGAAAGCUGUAGGAGGGGCUUCUGAACAUACAAGAAGUUCAAUUGAAAAUGAUUUACUGAAGGGCACAAGUUAUGAUCAGGAAAUAGCUGCAGGGUUGGCUUAUGAUGAUAAAACAAGUGAACUUGAUGUUCAAGAUGAAUCUCAAGAAGAUAGACAAGAUGGAAAGAUGACAAUUCCUUUAAAUGAUGACAAAGAUGUUCAAGGAAAAACUACCAUCUUGGCUUCUGAUGAUGAUCCAUUCGAUUUGAAAAAUUCUUUUGCUGGUGAAGAAGAAGAUAACAUAAGUGAAACUGAUAAAAAGAAUCUCCUAGAAGAUACUAGUGAACAUGCAAAUGAGAUAUCACAAGAAGAAAAUCAAAAUAUACCGCAAGAAGAUGCUCAUGAUGCAGAUGAUGUAAAAGAGAAAAUUCAAACUAUUUCAAUAGUUGAUGCCAAUGAUGCUUAUGAGAAAGCUACAUGGUUUGAUUCUAACAACAAAACCAGCAUGCUUGAAAGUGAUUAUUCAUUGGAAGAUACUCAUGCAAGUGACAUAAGUAUGGAAAAUCAAAUUCAUCCAAAAGCCGAAGAGGAAGAUAUUGAGGAGAAAGCUAAAGGAUUGGACUCUGAAGAUGCAACAACUGAACUUGGAAAAGUUUCGAUGCAAGAAGAAAGUCACGACGAUGAUGUGAAAGAGGACACUCAAAUGAUUCCAACAGAUGAGGUCAAAGAUGUUGAAGAGAAAGCUAUAGGACAUAUUUCACACUAUAUUGAAAGCAAGGUUGAAAAUGAUUCAUUGGAAGGAGAUACUAAUGAAAGUGACAUGGAUAUGGAGAAUCAAAUGCAUAUAACUGAUGAAGCUGAAGAUGUUGAGGAGAAAGCUAUAGGAAUGGAUUCUGAACAUACAAGAAGUUCACUUGAAAAUGAUUUAUCGAAAAGCAAUGAUCAUGAAAUAGCUGCAGGGUUGAGUUCUGAUGGUAAAACAAGUGAACUUGAAGAUGAAGAUAAAAAUGACGGAAACCUGACAAUUCCUUUUAACAAUGAUAUAGAUGUUCAAGGAAAAACUACCAUCUUGGCUUCUUCUGAUGACCAAACGAUUUCGGGAAAUUCAUUUGGUGGUGAAGGGGAAGAAAUUACUGGAGUCAUACAACCUGAAAAGUCUCCAUGUGCUGAAUCAGUUGAAGGUGAAAGCUGUGAGAGCUUGUCAAGUUCUUCGUUUGAAGGCAGUGAUGAAUGUGCGAAGCAAGAAGACUCGUGCUUAAGAAAAAAUCUAUCUGUAACAUAUAAUCAUUGUCUUAAUGAAGUGUCUUCAAUAAAACAAGAUGAAGAGGAAACAUCAGUUUUGACAUUGAAUGCUAUGAACACAUCAAGUGAUUCAGAACCUCAGGAAUCACCAAAUGUACAUCAUGAUGAUGUGGUUGAAUUUCCCUCUGAUCAUUCUCUUCAAGGCAAUGAAUCACUCCGGAAAGAUACUUUUCCAGAUGCUGAUUCUCAUUUUCAACAUAUUAAGCAUGAUGUUUCAGAAAAAUAUAUGGAAUCUCAAGAACUGUUAUGUUCAAACAAGUUCGAUGAAAGUGAUGGAAAUGAGUUCGUGAAUGAUCUGAUGGAUACUUCAGAAACUUUAUCUGAUCCCGCAAGUAUUGGCAUCAACAACAAUGAAGAAAAGAGCAAGGUCCUUAACGAAGAAAACAAAUCAAGCGAAACUGGAUCAACAAAUGAGAAUCCACAGGAUUGUAAGCAAGACCAAUGCAUAAAGGAACUUCAAGAGGACAAGUCUGACAUGGCCAAUACAUCUGAAAUCGCAAUAGGAUCUAAUGGAGACUGCAACGGAGACACACAUGCAGCACUUGAUUCUAGUGUCUUCGAUACUUAUGUCAGCAACUCUAUCAAGGUUUCAGAUGAAAGCAGUGCUUCUCAAGAAGAAAACAAUCAUGUGGUUCAUGAAGUUGAACCGGUUUUUCUUAUUUCAGGAUCAACUGAUGUUGAUUGCAUACAUGGAAAGGGAGAGAAUAAUGGUAAUAAAGUUGAAGACACAGAUGAAAAGACAGAAUCUUCCUAUGUAAUGUUAAGCAAAUUUGAGGAAACAAACAUGUUAGAGCAAUGCAAUUCUGAUAUGCUAACUAUAAGUCAGGAAGAAUCUUUUUCUUUACAGAAUUCUUCUUCUUUGUUGCAUAUCUAUAAAUACCAGCAGGGAAAUGUAGAGCAGACCAAAAGUUUCACGGCCACAACCAUGCUUAAAUCAGAUGAAGAAGAAAUUGAGAAAGAAAGGGAAGAUUAUUCACAACAUUCAGAAGCAACUUCACUGAUAGUGGAAAAGCUAACAACUUCCACUGAAUUAAGCUCAAACAAUUCUACAUUUGCAAAUGGUGGUUACGAAACAAGGGAGAAUGUAACAAGGCUAAGUACUGAAUCAAAUUCUGAUAAUCCAAACAUCACUUGUCAGAUGCAAAAAUCACCAAGCUUCAAUCUCAACCUCCGAAUGGAAUCAAGACGAGAAGAAUCGGAUCAAAUUCCAUUGCUUGAUAAGUCUUCAGAUGAUAGCUUGCCAAACAAGGCAAGUCUAAAUAUCAGCAACUCAAUGUCUCAUGAUGAGUAUGGUCUCAUUGAAGAGAAAAUAGUUACUAUGGAAAGAAGUUACUCGGAGAUAUCUAAAGCUUCAUUCAUUGGUUUCUUAAAAGAAGAAGAAGCUCAUGUUCUAGUCAUGGCACAGACACAAGAUAUAAAUGUUGGUUCAAAGAUUGAAGUGAAGGAAGUGUCGUCUACUUCACCUAAAGGAAAAGAAAAGCGCAAAUCGCGAUCUUACUUCUUUACUAGCUGCAUGUGUUGUGCAACUGUGCCAAAUUAAAACCUUUAGAAUUACAAUUUUUGGUGUUGUGAGUUUCUUUCUGAUUUAUAUUUCUGGAAGUGAAGUUUUGAUGUGGAGAGGAUAUUGAUCGGUAUAUGGUCCGGCUUCAAGUCUGUUGUAAUGCUCUUCUGAGGUAUUGUCCGUUUUUGGUGUUAUUUAAAUCAUUGCGGUUUUGUGGAAUGGAGAGAGUGAAUGCUUAUAACUAUUUUUAGUUUCGAUUUCUAAAGCAAUGUGAGAUUUUUUGAUGUACAGAAAGUCGGGACGAAUAUCAUACGGUCAAGAUCAACAAGAGUGAGUGUACUCCAGCUUCAAUGAUCAAUCAUUUUAGUGAUUAUUUUCUGAUGCAAGUUUGAGAUGAAAGGGUUCCUUGUUAUGCUUUAUUUUGUUUGAAAGGUUUCACAAAUGCAGAGAGUGCAAGCAGUGAGAAUUUAAUGGAGGCUACUUUUGUGCCAAUGAUUGUAGGUUGUAACAUUUUGUUAAUUUGUUUGUUUUACAAAGAUUUUGGACCGUUAUUUAUACUCAUAAAGCCUUAUCAUGAUUAUUUAUUUUAGGGUUAA